UACCUUGUAGCAUAAAAAUGUUAGGAUCAUCAAAGUUUCUUAGAAUAAUUCUCCUAUGUUACAUUAAACUUAAAUAUUUCCUUUCAAUUUUAAUUUUUUAUAUGCACACAUUGUGCAAUUGCAUCACUCUUUCAAGCUACUCUAAUCCUGAACAAGUGAAGCAGGGUUUGAAUAGCUGCAUUCAAAAUGCUGAGAAACUGUGCAAAGAAGAAAUCAUUGUUGUGAUGGAAAAGCUGGGUUUAAAAGUGGAGUGUGAUGAGGAUUUUAAAGAGGAAUUUGGUUAUGAACAAGAAAUUGCUCAUAUGUUUGAAAAUGGGGUUAGUUUGGAAGAGUUGAAUGAAGCUUUCAAUGUGUUUGAUGAAAACAAAGAUGGGUUUAUAGAGGCUGCUGAGUUGAAGAGAGUGUUGUGUUGUUUGGGAUUGCAUAGAGAUUUUGUGGAAUGCCUGAAAAUGAUUAAUGCAGUUGAUCAAAAUGGAGAUGGAUUAAUUGAUCACUAUGAGUUUGUUGUGUUGAUGGAGCAGAGUUUUGGUUGAAUGCUCUGUUGUGUUAUUGCAUUGUAGGCAAAGUUUUUCUUUCUUUUUAUUUUUGGUUGGA